AUGAGCUCUACUAAUACCCUUUCCUUCAAGCAGCAGAUGAGGGGAUUUCCCGUAUGGCAGAUGACAGUCAUCUGCCUCGUACGGUUCUCGGAGCCCAUCACAUUCUCGUCCUUUUUCCCAUAUAUCUACUUCAUGGUAAGAGACUUCGGAAUUGCCAAAGAUGAGGCCGAUAUAGCCCGGUACUCUGGGUUUUUGGCUGCUUCCUUCGCAAUCUGCCAAUUCUUGGUGUGUGUCAAGUGGGCAGGUGUGAGUGACAGGUACGGCAGAAAGGUGGUGAUAAUCUGUGGGAUGGCAGGUACAACAGUAUCUGCACUCCUCUUUGGCUUUUCUACCAGCUACUGGUUUGCAAUGGGUGCCAGAUGCUUCAUGGGGCUUUCCAACGGCAAUGUUGCUGUAAUUCGUACCAUUAUUGGCGAAAUUGCAACCGAAAGAAGGCAUCAGGCACUCGCAUUCUCAUGCUUGCCACUCAUCUGGAGUGUGGGUACAAUCGUGGGACCCAUGAUCGGUGGAUCCAAGUACUUAACCAGGCCCAGGGAAGUUGCUCUGCAACCUAUGAUCACUAAUCUUCUUGACCAGGUUUUGGUAGGCAAUAGCUUCUACGAGAAAUUUAUCACAAAAUACCCAUAUGCAUUAUCGAAUGUAGUGGUGGCCAUAUUUUCCUUUCUCAGCUUGAUAUGUACCAUUUUGUUCAUGGAAGAAUCCCACAUGAAAUUGAAAAAUCGGAGAGACUACGGGAUAGACUUAGGUGACAAAAUCAGGGCUUUCUUUGGGUUUAAAGUACCAGUUCGGCCAUGGAACAGAUCUUUCAGAAAGGUGACUGAGCACACUCCUUUGAUCCAGAAGACAUCAUCAUACCAAGAAGAGACUAUCGAAGAGAACGACAACGAUUCUAUCGCAUCAUUCGAAUAUGAACAAUCCAAUGCCGCUGGCGGGUCGAUUGUCAGAAGAUACUCUAAUUCUGACGAGUUAUCUCGUGUGAACAGGCCCGCUCUCUCCCGCUCAAAUACGGGAGAUACAGUUAAAAACUCCUAUGCCGAAAUCUUCACUCCUGCUGUCAUUCAAGCCAUCACAGCCAACUUGUUAACGGCGUUGCACAACAUUGUUUACUCCGAGUUCUUGCCAGUUUUGUUAGCCAGAAAAUUGCUGGUGGAUGACUUAGACUUUCCUUUUAAAAUUAAGGGUGGGUUUGGAUUUGAAUUGAGUGAUAUAGGUACUUUGUUAUCCGUUACUGGUCUCAUGGGUACUUUGGCUAUUGUCUUUAUUUUCCCCUAUCUUGACAGAAACUUCAAAACUAUUCAUACUUAUAGAACUGCUUCCAGUUUUUUCCCAUUCAUCUAUAUUAUUUUACCCUACUUGAUCUUCACUUUACACGAGUAUAAUCCAAUCUUCCCACAGGGUCUGACCAAAAUUUUCUUAUACAUUUUAGCCUGCAUCAACUCAACUUGCAGCGCAAUCACAUUCCCAAAUAUUACAAUGUUGAUCCAUAGAGCUGCCCCUCCAGAUCAUAGAUCUUUUAUAAACGGACUGGCUUUGAGUGGAUCUUCUUUUGCUAGAUUUGUUGGUCCCGUUCUUUGGGGUUAUAUAAUAUCUGAAUCAGAGAAGGUUGGACGCGCUCAAUUAUCUUGGGUGUUUCUUGCCGGCAUUGCAGUGAUUUGUUUAGUCCAAGCAUUCGUUAUGGAGGAACAUGACGAGGACUUGAAAGAUCAAGCUCAAACUGCGGCUAGGAGUACAACCUCUGAUGUAACCGUUUAA